CCAUGGCGCUGUGCGGCCGCUCCGCGCUCCUCCCGCCGCCCCCGCGGCACCGGCCCCGGCCCCGAGCCCCGGGACCCUUCGUCAGCUGCAGUCGCCUCCGAAACAUUCAGAGCAUCCUGACACAGAGCAGCAAAUCUCAGCCUGAUGGAAUCCUCUGCAUUUUGGGGAUAGACAGUCGAUACAAUGAAGGGUGCAGGGAGCUGGCAAAUUAUCUCCUCUUUGGUUUGUACAACCAGAACAACAACGACUUUGAAAGGACAGGCUUUCCUGAGGAAGUUCUGGAUGAUAUAAUCAUAUUAAUAAAACCUGACAGUGUUCAUCUGUACUGCAACCCUGUGAAUUACAAUCAUCUUCUGCCCUAUGUGGCACACUGGAGGAACUUGCAUUUCCACUGUCUGACUGAAAAUGAGUAUGAAGAUGAAGAAGCUGCAGAGGAAUUUAAGAUUUCCAGCUUUGUGGACAUGGUCCGGGACUGCAGCCGCAUCGGGAUCCCCUACAGCUGCCAAGGCCACCUGCAGAUCUUUGACAUGUUCAUCGUGGAGAAGUGGCCGAUCGUCCAGGCCUUCGCGCUCGAGGGCAUCGGCGGCGACGGCUUCUUCACCAUGAAAUACGAAUUAAUGGAUGUCAGUGCUGACUUGUGGAAGACCUACAGCAAAAUGGAUCCUGUGUCCUUGGAGGAUUUGCUUUUUGAGGAUUUAAUGAUUUUUGAGCACCAGUGGACCAACUUUUUUGCUAAUUUUGACACUGAAAUUCCCUUCAUUCUGGAACUCUCAGAAUCUCAGGCUGGGGAGCCCUUCAGAAGUUAUUUCAGCCAUGGCAUGAUCUCAAGCCAUAUAACAGAUAACAGCCCCAGCCGCCAGCCCUUUGUCCUGUUUGGCAGCCACUCCACAAAGGACAACCUGAACUCUGGCAACUUUAAUUUUCCAUCUGAAGGACAUCUGGUCCGAAACACUGGCCCUGGUGGAAGCACUGCCAAGCAUAUGGUAGUGCAGUGUGUGUCUCCAAAGGGACCUCUGGCUUGUUCAAGGACCUAUUUUUUUGGAGCAACUCACAUUCCUUUCCUGGGAAAUGACAAUGAGCUGCACAAACCAGCUGAGCAAGUUACGCUGUUGUCCCAAAUAUAUUCUGCUGUUGUAGAGGCUGUGCUUGCUGGCAUUGAGUGCUAUGCUAAAACUUCCACUGAAUCCAAGGCAAAGGAGGUGGCAGAGCAGGUGCUGCUGUCUGUGUUGGACAGCCUUGGCUUGGCACAGCUGAAAUCUGCUUUACGCUCCAAAAUUGCUUUUCACAUUCAGGCUGUGAACAACCAUGGCAGAAUUACUCCGUUAGAUAACGAGGACAGCCUGAGUUUGAUCAAAACGGCAUCCAUGAUGGUGUUUGACAUUCCAGACCUGCUCACAGGAAGGGGAUGCUUGGGGUCUGUUGUGUUUUCAGAGUCCUUCCUGACAUCACACAUACAGGUCAAAGAAAAAGAUGGCAGCAUCCACCCAGACUCCAGGCACAUCAUCCUGACCGCAGCCAUCCCCAGAUUCGCCUCCUGGCUGGUUGAAGACAGUGAUGUGAAACUGUCUGAAAAGGCACAGCAAGUAUUGAAGGAGGACAAAUCUUUCCUGGGCACUUUACUCACUGGGGGUGAUGGAGUUUAUAUCUGCUCCAGCAAUCCACAGGCCAUGCCUAAAGAAGGCAAAUUGUAUUUCUUUUCUGAUGGAAUUCUGUUCUGUGACCCCCACCACGGCAGCAUUUCCAUUUCCAAGAGCCACAUGAGUUCCAUUUCUCUCUAUGAUGGGGAUUCCAACAGCAUUGUUGCUGCUCUCUUUAUUGACUUCAAAAGUUCCCUGCUUCCUCAUCUCCCCAUUGAAUUCCACACCCAGAACAACUUCCUGAUGAUUGCACUUUUCCCCAAAAGAAAGAUUUAUAAAGCUUUUUAUUCACAGGUUUUCUCUUCAUGGCAAAGCCAGACAAACUCAGGAUUAUCUUUAAGGGUUGUCCAGGAGGAAUUCCUGUCUGAGGAACAAAAGAAGAUGCAUUGCAGUGUUCAGAAGCUCUUCAAUGCCUUGUCUUUUCCUUCUGGGGAAAGGUGCAGGGAGCUGAAACUGUCUGCUGCCAUUCCAGAAAUGGAGAGGUUUAUGCAGCACUUCACAGUCAGCAGUGUCAGCACCAAACCAGUGAUGAGAGCACAUCUUCCUGUCCUUCUCAAAGAGUCAGAAACCAUUUCUGACAGCAAAGCAGAAGGUGAUAAGGUGAUCAUCACCAUCAUCACUGGGCUGCCAGGAUGCCGUUCCAGCGACCUCUGCUCUUUCCUUGUCACUUUUACCAAGGAGCACGGGAGGUGGGCUGUUUACAGGCAGACCAUGGAUAGCCCUGAGUGUUUCAGUGCCUCCCACUUCCAGCGUUUCCUGGCUGGGCUCCUGGAGGCUCAGCAGAACCUUGGGCUCCGUCAGGGCCCCCAAAAUGGGAAGAGCAGGAGGCUCCUGGUGGUGCUGCAAGGCUACACUGAUGUCAUUGAUGUUGUGCAAGCUCUGCAGACUCACCCUGACCCAGAUGUGAAAUCUUCUUUCAUCAUUGGAGCAGUCAACACCUGUGUGGAGCCUCUGAGCUGCUACAUGGAGCACAGGCUUCUUUUUCCCAAGUUCUUGGACCAGUGUUCACAAGGACUGGUGAGCAAUGUGGUUUUCACAAGCCAUGCCACAGAGCAGAGGCACCCACUCCUCGUGCAGCUGCAGAGCCUGAUCAGAGCUGCAAACCCUGGAGUCUCCUUUGUGCUGGCAGAAAAUGGAAUUGUAACGAGGAACGAGGAUAUUGAAUUAAUUCUCUCAGAAAGCAGUUUUUCAAAUCCUCAGAUGAUGAGAGCUCGAUAUUUAAUGUACCCUGGCUGGUAUGAGGGUCAGUAUGGGGCUGGGCCUGUGUUCCCUCCCAUGGUUCAGAUCUGUGUGUGGUUCAGUCGCCCUCUGGAGAAAACAAGAUUUGUCACCAAGUGCAAAGCAAUUAAGUCGUUGCUCAAGCCCAGUCCAUUUUCUGGAAACAUUUAUCACAUCAUGGGCAAAGUGAAGUUUUCAGAUGCUGAUAAAGUCAUUGAAGUCUGUCACAACACAGCAGCAAAUUCCCUGAGCCUGGUGCCUGUCCCAGAGGGGCCAGCUCCUCCUGAGUGCAGAAAUGAUCCCAGAGACUGCAGCAGUCAGCAGGAAUAUUUCCUUGUGUUCAUUGGCUGCUCCCUGAAGGAAGAGGAUAUCAAAGAUUGGCUCAGAGAAACUGCAAAGCAGAAACCUCAGAGGAAAGCCCUGAAAACCAGAGGGAUGUUAACCCUUCAGGAAAUCAAAAACAUCCAUGUGAAACGCCACUUGGAUCCACUCCCAGCUGGUUAUUUUUACAAUGGGACUCAAUUUGUGAAUUUUUUUGGUGACAAAAUGGAUUAUCACCCAUUAAUGGACCAGUUCAUGAAUGAUUACCUGGAAGAAGCCAACAGGGAAAUUGAGAAGUACAACAGGGAGCUGGAGGAGCAGGAGUACCACGACCUCUUUGAGCAGAAGACUUAAGCACAUGGGUCCUGGGUGUUUCUGACCUUGUGUCAGGAACCAAAAAUGAUUUUUUUUUCCUUCUGGCUCAUGAGAAAUUGAGUGAAACGUCUGUUUUCAGCACUCCUUCCCAAACUAAGGGGUUGUUCCCCUAAGGUUGGCAUUUAACACAGUAACUGCUUAGCUGUUUGUACUGUCAGGUUUGCUUCCACUUCACCUUAAUUCCAGACUGUACAAAGCAUCACCUGGAAUCUCUGGCUUGUGGUGGAAACGUGGGAAAAAAGAAGAAGGAGGAGCAAAAGAAGCAAAACUGGAUUUAUUUUAAAGGUUAGAAUGUAAUUGUGGAAUUGGGCCGUGGUGCAGAUGUCAAACAAUCCUUGGGUGUCCCUUGGAAGUCACAAGAGCUUUGAUGAGCAGUGGGGGAAUUCAGGAUGUGGGAUUGAGUGUUCCCAAAGGGAGAAAUGGGGGAACACACUCUGAAGAGUCCCCAGUCCCAGAACUUUGGGUGUUCCUGAAGCAAAAAAUGGGGGAAUAAUUAAAAAAAAAAAGAAGAAUCCCUAAUCCUACAACUGCUGGGAUGUUCCCAAAGCGAGAAAUGGGGGAACAAUGGGAAAAAUCAGAACUGGGUCCUUAAUCAACAGCUGUUGGGAUGUUCCCAAAAUGAGAAAUGGGGGAACAGAGGGGAAAACUCAGAAUUGGGUCCCUGAUCCCACAGCUCUUGGUGUGUUCCCAGAGUGAGAAAUGAGGGAACACUUACUGAGAGUCCCUGAUCCCACAGCUGCUGGGCUGUUCCCAAAGCGAGAAAUGGGGGAACAGUGGGGAAAACUCAGAGCUGAGUCCCUAAUCCCACACUUGCUGGGGCAUUCCCAAAGUGAAAAAUGUGAAAUCAGUGGGAAGAACUCAGAAGAAUCCCUAAUCCCAGAGCUGUCAGGAUGUUCCCAAAGCGAGAAAUGGGGGAACAGAGGGAAGAAAUCAGAGCUGAGUCCCUGAUCCCACAGCUGUUCCCAAAGUGAGAAAUGGGGAACAGUGGGGAAAACUCAGAAUUGGGUCCCUGAUCCCAGAGCUGUUGGUGUAUUCCCAAAGCAAGAAAUGGGAGAAUGAUUGAAAAACUUGGAAUUGCUGAAUCUGCAGCUGUUGGGAUGUUCCCAAAGCGAGAAAUGAGGGAACAGAGGGAAAAACUCUAAAGAGUCCCUAAUCCCAAAGCUGUCAGGAUGUUCCCAAAGCAAGAAAUGGGGGAACAGUGGGAAAAACUCAGAGUUGAGUCCCUAAUCCCAGAGUUUUCAGGAUGUUCCCAAAACAAGAAAUGGGGGAAUGGGAAAAGCUUGGAAGAGCACCUCAUCCCACAGUUCUUAAGAUGUUCCCAAAGCGAGAAAUGGGGGAACAGUGGGAAUAAUUCAGAACUGAAUCCCUAAUUCCAGAGCUGUUGGUGUAUCCCCAAAGCAAGAAAUGGGAGAAUGAUUGAAAAACUUAGAAUUGCUGACUCUGCAGCUGUCAGGAUGUUCCCAAAGCGAGAAAUGGGGGAACAAUGGGAAUAAUUCAGAGUUGAGUCCCUGAUCCCAGAGCUGCCAGAGCAUUCCCAAAGCAAGAAAUGGGGGAAUGGGAAAAUCUUGGAUGAGCACCUAAAUCCCACAGUUGUUAGGAUGUUCCCAAAGUGACAGAUGGGGGAACAGUGGGAAAAACUGAAGAGUCCCUAAUCCCAGAGCUGUUGGGAUGUUCCUAAAGCGAGAAAUGGGGGAACAGAGGGAAAAACUCAGAAUGGAAUCCCUGAUCCCACAGCUCUUGGUGUGUUCCCAAAGUGAGAAAUGGGGGAACAAUGGGAAGAAUUCAGUUGAGUCCCUAAUCCCAGAGUUUUCAGGAUGUUCCCAAAGUGAGAAAUGGGGGAACAGAGGGAAAAGCUCUAAAGAAUCCUUAAGCCCAGAGCUGUCAGGAUGUUCCCAAAGCGAGAAAUGGGGGAACAAUGGGAAGAAAUCAGAGCUGAGUCCCUAAUCCCAAAGCUGUCAGGAUGUUCCCAAAGUGAGAAAUGGGGGAACAAUGGGAAAAACUCAGAGUUGAGUCCCUAAUCCCAGAGUUUUCAGGAUGUUCCCAAAGAGAGAAAUGAGGGAACAGAGGGAAAAGCUCAGAGUGGAAUCUCUGAUCCCACAGCUCUUGGUGUUUUCCCAAAGUGAGAAAUGGGGGAACACUUUAUCAGAGUCCCUGAUCCCACAGCUGCUGGGGCAUUCCCAAAGUGAAAAUUGUGGAGAAAAGUGGGAAGAACUCAGAAAACUCAGAUUUGUCAGGAUAUUCCCAAAGGGAGGGAUGAGGGAACACUCCCAGCCCCAGCUUCUCCAGGGCACAGCCCUCAAAACCUCAGCACAGUUUGAGUCUGCACUCGAAAUUCUGACUUUAAAGAAAAGCUAUUUCUACAUUUCAGGGUGAAAUCAGUGGAGAAAUCUUAAUUUCUUCCCAGUGCUCUCAUUGGGAUUCUGGAAAAUAUUUCCUGGCUGGCUGCAAUGUGCACCUUGCUGUUGCUUAGAUUAUCCCUGGAGGAUUCUUAUUUCAGUUCUAAAAACUGAGCAAGGCAAGGGGGAGAUUCUUCAGCUGAAGAAUUCCUUUUCACAAAGAUGAAUGAUUUUCCAAAGGUAAAAAAUAGCAAAGGAUGUUACUUGAAAGAGGCAGCAACUUAUUUGUGGAGCUUCCAGAAGAGUUUGCACACUGCAACAUUUCACUGUGCUGCUGAGAAAUCAGCUUUUAAGUACUUGCAACAGAAUUUUUAUUGUUCCUAAAUGAUAGAACAGGAAUGCUGGCAGCCUGUCCUGAUUUAAUUCAGUAUCAUUUGAAAGGAGCUUUAUAAAACCCUGACUGAAGGAUUAUAAAGUACCUUAGCAGCUACUUACAGGUAAUUAUUGGAGUUUAUUUGAAUAAGCUGAUUAUUGUAGCAUGCAUGUGUUCAGAAUUUAGGUGAGAACAGCCCAGCAGGAUUUUUUUAUUUUCAUAUUCCUUUGCCUUAGGGACAGCUCAGUCUUUUACUGCAACUGCAGCUUUUCUUUAUGACCAGAUGUUUGUGAUACAGCAAGAAAUGGAAUGAAAAAUCUCUUGCAGGACACUUAAAAUACUUCAAAUAUAUCUGCACAGCCUCAUCCUGUGGCAGGAAAAUGAGAUUUAACCCCUGCCAUCAAACCAGAGGCUAACUUAGAAUUUAAGCUUUACUAAAGAGAUGUAUUUUUUACCUUUGGAAUAUGAAAUUUCAGUGACCUGAAGCACAUUUUAGGUGGCUUCAUUGCUGUCCUGUGCGUGUUCCACAGUGCAGAGGUGGAAUUCCAGGUGCUGCAGGCUGGGACAGAAAUACUGAUAAGGUUUCAUUCCUUGCUUUUCCUCCUAGAUUGAAAAAAAAAGCUGUCUGAAUUGAAGACUUUAUUAUUAUUAUUUUAUUUUUUAUUUGCACACCACGAGACUUUAUAUCCAAACUACUUGUAUCCUGUUAGAGGCCAGUAAAAGCCAGCAAUUAGUUUGUGUUUUUAGGCUUUCCUGGGGUAUUCCCUGGAUCACAAGUGUGGAGCAUCCUGAUAAAGCUCGUGAGUUUUAUCUAUGCAUGGCUAAAUUUUAGUCUUAAUAUCCUGUAGUGCCUGUAGAGCAAAGGUAGCUAGCAGUGGGUUUGGGUGGGGGCUGCUGCCAGGGGUUUACAACUAAAUCCAAUUUAUUUCCCAGCCCCAGAAUUGGUAGGAAUGCCAGAAUUGUGGCAUCAAAAGGGGCGUUAGGAAACGGAGCUCCAAUUGGAAUUGCUUUGCCAAUGAACUCGGUGUAAACCCAGCUGUUCCAGCCCCAGUUCUCUCAUCUGCAAAGCCAUAUUUUUUUUUAGAGUAGUGGGAUGUGAUGUGGGAAGAAAUUCCAGUGGUUGGGACGUGGUGGAGGCUCUGUCUCAACUCCUGAGUAGAUUUAAGUGCAAUUGAUUGAAAAUAGAUGAAGAUGCUGUAGCUGAUUUUUGCUCUGCUGAACUCUUUUUAAGAACUCCAAUUUGUGCAGCUCUCAAAUCAACCUGGAUGGGGCUGAUCCAGCUGGAAUCCCAAGCCCUGUGAACAACAACAACAAAAAAAAAAGGAAAUAAUUGAGGUGUGAGUGUGCAAAUUGAGCUGUUCCUUAAAAACUGGAGCAGGAGAGCUUGGAACAAAGGCCUAGAACCCUCCUGUGCUGUGCUGCAUGUGCUCUAUGGUCAUAGCUGUGUUUUACAAAGACCUUUCACCAGACUGCUACUGGCUCCAUUCAUGUAUUUUGGUAUUGAAAGAAAUGGAUUACCUCAAUUUUUAGCGUUUAUUUUUCAACUGUGACUUUCAACCAGAAUGAAAAAAAAAAAGAAAAAAAAUACUGAAAUAAUGAAACUGUGACAAUUAAAUGUAGUAGUGCCUUGCAGGUGACACCAUUUAUUCCCCAAAUAAAUGGAUGUCAGGGGGGGUUGCACCCCCCCCCCUUUUGUUUUUUAAAGGAACAGUUUUGGUGAAAGGACUUAAAAAUUUAACCUAGUGACAAAUAUUAGCACAAAUGGUUAAACUGUUUAAAAGAAAACUCUUUGAGGACUGAAAUGUGUAAAUGCCUGAUGCUGCUGCUGUUGAAGAGCACUUGCUGAUUUUUUGGGAGUCGAUUCUAACGAUCAGCAGCGCUUUUUGAAUUUUUAUUUUUUAUUUUAUUUUAUUUUUUUUUUAGAAGAUUCUAACUUUUGUACUCUGGUCAGAGCUGUUUUUGUACUGUGUGGAAUCCCCAGCCCUGGGGAUUUUGGUGUCCUCACUCCUUGGAAGUCGAGGUGAGGAUGGAGCCACUCCGAAGGAUCGAGGUUUGAACUUUUUUUUGCUACUGUAAAAUUAAAAAAAACAAAACCAACAACAACAAAAAAAGCACCAUUUCUAACCCACUGAUGUUUGGAUACAACAAAAGUGCCAUUACACUGUUCCUUUUCUCUUUUACUGUACUUGGAAAAAAUUUGUGUCCAGGCAUUCCUGAGCUUGGGAAGUGCUGAAGAGUCCUCAAGGGGUUUCCACGCUUUGCUGACCUUUGUUAGCAGCUUGUGGUGGUGUUUUUAUUUUUCUCCUCACCAAGAAUGAGUGUGAUCAGAAGUUACUGAAGUUAUAGGGAUUCAAAUGUGACAAACUUAGCAGGGGGAACCUUUGCAGCUGGAGCUGCUCUGCAAUCUGGGAUGAAUUCAAUUUUUCACUUUCCAGUUCACACACUGGAUUGCAGGGAGCAGUUCAGCUGCAUGGGAGCCUCCCCUAAUAAGUUGAGGUUUGUUUGUUUUAUUUUUUAAAUUAUUGUUAUUUUUAAAAUUGAAACUUGUCUGAAUUUGCACAGAUUUAAGCUCUGGAAUACUUUGGUAUUCUUGAAAAGGGAAAAAAAUAAAAUAAAUUGUGACUAGUAUAGUGAAUUGUGAACUGUGAGUUGGUAGAAUCACAAGGUUGGUCUAAUCUUAGGUUGUUAAAAAUGUACCUCAGAGAGCUCAUGAGAAAUUGCUUCAUUUUUACAACAGCCAGAUCCUGACAUAACACUUCUCACUUUACAAUGUGCCAAAAUUCACUUUUAUACUAGUUCUCAAUGCUUUAAUAUUUGCAAGUCUAAGUUAAAAAUGUGUUAUUUACACACUACUGUAACUUCAGUUCAGCUGAAUGGUGUGAUUGAAGCUUUUUGCCUCUCCUAUUUAUUACACAACUUGAGUCAGUAAAUAUAAAAUUACCUUUCCAUUUAUUUUUGUAUUGUUUUACAUGUUUAUACCUGCAGUUUGUGUGACUUUUACACCUGUAACUCAGAUGUGAUGGGAAGAACCAAUAAACAGUAUCCAUCCAC